AGCUAGUGCCUCGAUCGAGUUGAGUGAACUUAAGAAUGAAUGGUUAAAAUCAUUAGUCGACGUACAUUGUCUGCAGACGUCCUGCGCUGAGCAUGGAAAUGGGUGAGCUGACGUUUGAAGAAGUGUUAGAAACAAAUCGUGUAGAAAUUGUCCAACGUCUCCAGCUAGAUCGGACAUUUCUGUUUGAUUACCUGAGAAGCAAAAAUGUUUUCGACUUCGGAGACUGCGAUCUAGUCCAAGCAGAAAAGACUCGAGAGCAGAAGGCCGCCAAGUUCCUCGACGUUCUUACAACAAAAGGAGAAGAAGGCUAUUACCAUUUCGUCGACGCUCUUCAACUGUUGAACCCGUCCUUGUACGAAAGGAUCACAGGAGAGAAAGCAACUGCACGUAAGUAAUUGCGCGAUCGACAUUUGCAACGAUAUUAAUAAAUGUAUAACUUAGAUCACUGGGAGAGCAUGGGAUUUCGAAACCCGUCAAGACAUAAACUUCCAUUUUCAAGAAAAAUCGUGGCUUAGGUUUCGAACUUUCAGUCACGUAUAAACUCGCUUUCGGGAAGUAUGGUUUUCAACAAGCUUGAAGAGAGUAUCAGAUUUGUUGUGCGCUAUGUUUACUAACGUCACUAACUAGGGUGACGAGGGAAUCUUUCCGUUCUUUUUGCCAAUUCCCAAGAAUCGUCAACAUCAUCGCCUUUCAACGCAAAAUAUGUUACAUUUUCGCCUAAUACAAUAAAGUAAUAUGAUUUUUGAAGCCAAUGUAGCCAUGAUUUGUGAGACUGCCAGACAGCAAAUGCUACCUGAUUUCGAUAAAACGCGAUCGUCAUUCAUUGCAACGUACGUGAAGCGUGAAUUCCUCUACAUGUCACGCGAUCUAUCAAAAAAUGACAAGAUACUAAUAUUUUUGCUGUGACUCGACCAGUUAAAGAGCAUUUUGUGUGUGUUUGGGUAGAUUACUUGUUUGUUUUAGCGUGUCUGCUGCCAUUAUAUCCAGGCCAAAAUUUGUUUAACGAUUACUGCUGAAUAUUUCAUGAACUGCGUAAUGCUCUUUAAAUAAACCCUGAAAUUUCAGCACAGUGCUAAUCUGAUGAGACACGCUAAUGUAGAUAACAUGUGGUAGUAGUACUAGUUAGUUCUACAUCUACGUUUAUUAAUCAGCAGAAGCUAUGUACCGUAAUCACGCUAAUAUUAAAUCAGGAAGUAAAAAAUGAUGCAAAAUUUUAAGAAAAAUACAAUACGAUAUAUUAAAAAUGCAAAAGAAUGACAGGUAUAAAUUGACAAUAAAUAACAAUACUGAAGGUGGGUCACCUCCUACUAAGCUCCUUGUAGGUAAUCACUUUAAAAUAUCUAAAGAUUUGGCAGACUCAAUAUCAGAGGGGAGGCUAUUCCAUUCUCUCUUUGUUCUAGGAAAAUAAUAACCUGUUUCAGGCUUUCAGCUAGGAAAACAAGAGUAUUUGAAUAUAUCAUUACUUGUAUGUUCAACAAAUUAUUUAAAAUCAUGGGUUCCACAAGACGGAGUUUCUGUUGCUGUUAUUAAGUAUUUAGAGUCGUUAACAUGAAUGAUAUCACUUGAAAUUUUAUAAAUUGUUAAAUUUGUCCAGUGUCUCGCCAGAAAUGCUAUUUAAAUACCUGUGAAUUAAAUAGUUAGGUCUCUCAAAUCAUCAAUUUAGAAUUAAUGCACAUUAUCUUGCCUUUCCUGCACUAUAAUGUAUUGUUUUAAAAUCAAAACUUCAAAAUCUUCUUCCCUUAGGGAUACCCCAGGGAUAUGACACCUUUGCCUAUAGGAUUCCAGGAGAGGAGGGGGGGGGGAUGGCGGGGGGGAUUUGACUCCAUCAUGCAUAAAGGGUGGGGUCCUUGGAACCCAGCUUCAAGUCCAUGAGAUGUGUCUUGGUGCUUGAACAAGGCAUGGUAAAUUAUGGCGGAGGCCGGCAUGGCAUUUUUGGAUGAUUUACAAAGGAAAGAUUUGUACCCUCAUGGCAGUCUAUUGAAACCAACCGCUUCAAUUGCAUUAGAAAGCUACAUGUUUAAAAGAGCAAUCACUUUUAUAUUUGCCUAGCAGGGUGGGUGGGGGCAUUUGAUCACCAAAACUGGACCUUUGAUGGGGUAUUUGAAUGUCAUUUUGGCUAGCUUGGGGAGGGGGGAAUUUGAACUCUAAUUUUCUGAAAAAUUCAAAUGCCCUAGUGGUUGCCCAUGUGCUGGAUUUCAAAGCUUCAGUUUGAUUACUUUAUAACACAACAAUGAAGCAUUAAGUCUUGCUUAUCAUAUAAAUCUGUAAAUUCUCAUUGCAUAUUUUUUCUCUAAACAACUUGUUUUCAGUAGUUACACUUGAACACAGCUUCUAGGUAUGUAUAGAAAUCUUUCAGAAAAUACCCUUUUUUUUCUUGAUUUGCACCUAAAUUUAGCAAGAUUUUUCAAAAUUAAUUCAAACUUCAAAUUCUACUGACAAUAUCUCAGAUCAUUACAAAUAUUUUUAGAUAUGGUCCUUAAAAAGGAAACAUUUGAAACCUAAGUUGUUUAUAAUUAACAUGAUCUAUGACUAGAAAAGAACAUAUUCAUUAAAAAGUAUAACUAAUUUAAGUGUUAAACAACAAUACUUUGAGUUAUAUUGUGUACAUGUGUCUGUGAGUAAAAAAUAGAUUGCCAUAAUUUAAUCUUACUAUAUUGAGCUAUUUGAUGCUAAUAAAAAACACAGCAAAGUUAAGGAGAGUAUGUCACUAUUUAAAGUGCGUAAAAGAUAACACUCCCUGCAUAGUUAGGAAGAAGGCUAAUAUUCAAACUUUAUUUUAUGUCCCAAAUUCUGGAAACACCUUAAGCACACUGGAGUACUAAUAGCCCAUUUUUACAUGUUAGUGACUUCCAGCUCAUUGGAUAUGAUUUUUGUGAACUAUAACUUUAUCUUUACUCUAACUGAACAAAUUUCCAUUCUCCGAAUUAAAAUGUCAUAAAUUGAUCAAUAUUAGCUCCCAAAGAAAGGUUAAGGCAAUUCAUUCAUUUGUAUAAUUGUUUUUAUUAGAAGUCUACAAAUUUUACUUGUUUUCAACACUUUCACUUGGACAUCUGUUGUUCCUGUUCUUUUAAAAAGAUCAGGUUUCAAUGCAGAGCUUUCACUUUCAAUAUAAUUUAUAAGCUAAGGGUUAGAGGAUUUUAGUUUGUCAUUUUACUGGCAAACAGAGGCGCUCACUGACUGUGGAAAAUGAAAUCACCAUUCUUGAUAUUUUCAGGACAUGCCCACAGGUAGCUAGUACCACUAGUCUAAAAAGGCCAAGCCUCAACAGAUUAAAUUUACAGAUGCAUAGUAUUAAGUAAAAUAAUAGAGAUGAUUAUUUAAAUAAUAUUAUCAUGUCAGGAGACAGUUUGUAUUUGAUUUAGACCCACUUGGAGUCGCAAGUUUUGAAAAUAUAAGUCUCAAAGUCAUGUAAAACUCCUAAGUACCUAUUAAGUUUUCAAUACUUUUAGUUAUUUUGUUUUGAAGCAACUUCUGUAAACCAUGCAACACACAUCUGUCAAGUUUAUAUCCCAGCAAAUCACAGCAAGCAUGUUUCCAAAACAACACGUUUAAAUUUAAAGAAACUUGCAAAGAAAAAUAAAGGAUUGCUCACACUCUAAUCCAUUUGAAGAUUUUAGUUAGUUCUUUAACUCUGUAGGCUCUGUAGGAACUUUUCAGCGUGCAAAGAAAGUAGUGUCCGAUAGCCCGGGGCUAGUGGAUUUUGCUAUCGGGCUAGUGAAUUCUGUUUUUAACUUGCCCGCCGGGCAAGUGAUGUUUUAUGAGGAGUUUGAAUAACAGAAGAACAAAACGUUUUUGGGGCUAGUUGAAAUGACGUCUGGGCUAGUAAAUGCUAGCUUCAGCUUGCCCGAAUGGCAAGCUGUAAAAAUGAUUUUCUUUGUAACUUCUCAGUUCUUAAAGUUUCAUUGUAGGGUUCAAUAUCUCUUAUUAAAAGCUAGGUCUCAGAUUUGUUAGAUGAAGAAAAGUCUCAGAAUCAGAUUUUAAGAUCUCUCAAAGCCUUGGUUACCAUUCUAUACCCCUAGCCCUUCAGUUCCUUCCCUUAUCCUUUCAGUUCCAGUUCCAGUAUACUCCUCCUCCCGUUAUUUGUAACUCCCAGUGGUUUGAACAGGGAAACGAGGUUAAUUAAGCCAUAUACAUUUUAAGGAGUGGACUGAAAGUACAUGUAGCUAAUUACAUAGCAUAUAUUGGCUAAGUGACUAUUAACAACAAUUAUUAAAAUACUAUUAUAAUCAUUAAUACUAUUACAAUAUCCAACAAAGGGGUAGCUAUAAGUAGAGGGGAAUUUCUUAGCAUGGGGUGGGGGGGGGGGAUUCUGAGUGGGGGGGAACUCUGAGCAGGGGCAGGAGAAAUCUUAAGUUGUAAUAAUCCACAAAAAACAUAACAUAUAUAGUUCUAGCUCGAGAUUAAGGCAGUUUUUGUGAGUGAAUCACUUUUGGUUCUGAACAAUUCUUUCUAAAAUUGCUCUUUCAGGGCCAAGUCCACUUGUGAUGGGUAAUGGAGAGAACUUCUUUUUCGGUAAGACAGUGACAUCGUUCAUGUUAUAAUAUUUCAUUUUUUCAUGGUCAAACAAACGUGUCUUAGUUUAUAUAGUUCAACAUGAACUUGUUCACGGCUGUCAAGAUUAUAAGUUGCCAGGUAAAUACAAGUAGGUGGGGACUGAAACAUUUAGGGAUUUCUUUUGGUAUUAUUUCUUCUAUUUUCCUAUGAAAGUAUAUGUAGUCAAAGUAUACAUAGUAGCUGGGGUAAAUACCCAGUCCCCAGUCCUUAAUGAAAACCCUGACUCGUUAGUAAGUAGCUUCACAACUGUUCAGUGUUAACUUAAGUCAAACCUCCACUGACAGAAACCUCAGUCUUUCAGUAAACACCUCCUGUAUGUGGAUCUACACUUAGUCAUUAUAGUAAAUAUAUGUGACACAAUACUUAAGGCCAUACUAUAUCUGAUGACAAGUUAUCAGCUGGUAAGCAGAUAACUUCAAAAGAUAGGUGAGUUAGGUAGUACACCUGAGCCAACGAUAUGGUCUAUCCCUUCCAAGUGUCACACCUAAGGGCGUGAUUGUCACGCCUGUGGAUCAAAAACUUGGAUCUUACGCCUACUCAUGCCUGUGUUACAAUUUGUCACAACUGGUGGAAAAGUUUGAGCCAUUACAGCAUUAACUGACACAUUUUGAAUAAUAUAUUAAUUAUUUAAAGAAACCAGAAGCAAAGAGAGAAAAGAAAAGUCUAUGUGGAUGAUCGACCUUCUCCGAAUUCUCUUUUUUUAGUAGGGAAGUCAAUGUUCCUUUGUGUUCCCGUGUUCGUGUUAGACGGAACUCUUCGUAACGUCUUCGGACAUUUUCAGAUAUUAUCGGACCCUACGAAAAAUCUUGGCACUCUUAAGAUAAAAAAUGUCAUGCCUAUAAAUGUAAAAAAGUUGGCAGGUAUAUAUGGUCAUGUGGUUCAAGUCAGCAGAUGUUCCAUUUUGACAGCUGCAAUUGACUUAUAUUCGAAUUGCAUAUGUCAUUGUUUUAACAACAAUAGCAUUGCAUUCUCAUUUCAGUAUCACCAUUCUGUUACUAUGAGGGCUCUAGCUACAAGCAUACUGAAGCUUUAGCUUGUUUAAGUAAUAUUUUUCUAAAGACUGUGCAUAAAUAUCUUUAAUCUUCCUCCACCAUGGCCCAAAUUGUAAGCAAGUUAUAUAUUUCAGUCACAAGUUAGGUAGUCUAUUUAUGAAAUGAGGAGAUACCUGAAAAAUAUGCUAACUCCUAGAUUCUCCUUGGCUGCGAAAUUUCUGAUAUCUCCUAGUAAAACAAAGGGAUAAUUAGGGUUACUUGUUAUUCAAUUUGCUCUGCCAGCAAAAUAAUGAGUCAGUAUUUUUUUCUGUGGAAAAAUGCCCACUUUCGAUUCUUCACUGAAGGGUGAGACUAGGUGACGAGCUAAUGAAUGAAAGAAAAAAACGUUUCCAAGCUAAACAACUGAUGUUUUCUUACCGGAACGAGCUGGAUAGUUGUAUCGAUCCAUCAUGUAAUGUCUCCAGGAUGCUUCGACAAGUAUUUUUUUAAUAAGAGAUGAGUUCAUACAAUUUCAGUGAAGAUACUCCUUGAGAUAGCAGUUUCUUGGAAGUUCAUCUCGUACCCAGAGUUCUCAGGGGUCGCCACUAGCCGCUGACCAAAAGGAAAGAGAUAGUUGCCAUGGGUACAAGUUUCCCCCAAGUGAAUGUCCGUGUUGCGAAUCUAUAUCUGAUACAUACCAGUUAAUCGGUCAUAGGUUAAAAUUAUACUGAAAAUAACACUCUUUUGGCAAUAACCGACUUUAUCUGGUCAAGUGGGCAAUAGCCAACGAGAGUAAAGCACAGUGUUCCUAUUGGUUAUUACUUUACUCACCCUUUUAUCAUGCUGUUAAAUGAAAAAUGAUUGGAUGCCAACGAAACCUACCUCGCACGCAAGAUAUAACACGUCAAUUUACACGCUUCUAUAACUUGUUUUUACAAAAGAAGAAUUACUAUUCAUGUUGAGACGGAAAACGACUGAUUCAGUACCCUGUGAGCGGAGGCUACAUUUGCGCUAUGUGAGCUAGUGCACGACAGCUCAUACUGAUUCAGCAAAAGAAUUUCAGAACGACAACUGUAUUGACAAGGCAGGCAUUGUGCGAACAGGGUAUGUUGCAUAGUACAAGAUUAUUGUAUUAAAAAAGUUUUCUUACCAGAAUACUAUAUAGCUGAUAUAGAUCCAAAGGAAAUUUCUCUCCCUUCUGUUUUAUGACUUUGUUGCUACUGAAUUAAGUUAAGCAGAUAGUUUUAAAAAGCGAAAAAUAUAGUUUGACAGCCAAAAUUUACAACAUCGUCAUUUUUUCCCUUUCAACUUUGUUUUAGUAGGGAAUGAGCGCGUGUAAUUUCUGAUAAUUGCUUCCGGUCUCGAUCUUCAAUAGGGUCAAAAACCUUUCGGACAAUAGAUUUCCUGUUAGUGAUACAAAGUAUCAAACGAAUUGUUCAACUUUAUUGGACUGAAGUUUAUGGUCAGUCUAAUAUCGUUAGUCGGUAAGCUAAAAGAGACAUCCAGGCCGGUUUCAGUGUUUUCUUUAGAACCAAACAGCCCAUGCAUUUUUGCACGUUUAUAACCGAAGUAGUUCGUCAAUAAGCUCAGCUGUCAUCAUCAGCUUUACAUUUAUAGGCAUGACAAUUAAAAGUAUCAAGAAUGUUUUUCCCUUUUCAACGUACUGUUUGACAAUUUUUUCAUCAACCCUACAGUUUCAUUGAUUUCAGGUGAGCCGUUUUUUAACUAACCGUAAUAACGUGAGGCAACCGCCGUAGUUUGUUGUGCAUGCUCUGUAGAAGCGUCUCUAAACCUGCACUCAGUUCUUCUCAGUUUUGUUCAUCACUAUCUCACAACAUGUUUUAUAAUCUUUUCGGUCUUUUCUCUUUCCUUUUUUAAGUGAUACAAGUAAAGUUUUUAACAUUGCCGAAAUUAAUGCAAGCAGAUUGUUCAAAAUGAAGCUAGAGAUUGCAACAAAAUGUACUUGGGAAAAGUUCCCAGGCCACUUUAACCAACUUGAUCCAUUUUAGGUUCAUUGCUAGAGUAACAACGAUGGAGGUUUCUGAAUGAACCUAAACCGUUGAGCUAAAACUAGAUUUGCGGUUCGCCAAGCGAUCAAUCUAUUUUAAAAUUUGACAUUAUUUUGUAGUUUGUGCGUGGUAUUAGAGUGCUUAAACUUUUACGGGCAAAAUAGAGUAAAUUGAUACAAAUCGUAAACAGGAUGUUCUGAAAAGGCGGAAGAUAUUUCAGUGUCAUUCAUCUUGGUAUUUUGAAAGUUUUUGGAUUCCUUAACGCUAGUCACAAACCAUUAGUUUCUUUUUUCACUUUUCUUGCUACUUCUGCAUUAAAUUGUUUUAUUUAAAGUUGAAUUACCUUCACACCCCAGCAUAUGCUCAAUGGAAACUUUUAGGGGCUUUUUGGGCCAUAUUGACUUACUUACACCCUUAUCAUAUUUUUGGAAAAGGUCAGUGGGUUUCUCCCAGCCGUUCGAGUACGUACAUCCGGUUAACGGGCCAUAGCUUGUUCCUGUUUCAGUGAAUAGAAGAAAAGUGAUUAUUUUGACUGCGACACUGAACACACUGAUUUCUUAUUGAUCAAAAGGUUUCUUUUUUGCUGUUUUGCAGGACCGAAUGGAUAUAUUCCUGAUUUGGACAUUAUGAGCAAUCAUUUAAAACGCACUAUGGCGGACCUUCAAGAUAUGACCAUUCGUUACGAAGAGGUGUUAAAACAAAAGGAGCAGAUGGAGAAGAAAUUAAGCAGAACAUCUUGCGAUCUACUGGAGAAAAAUCGGCUGAUUGAUGAAUUAGAGAGGCGUUAUUUUGACACCGAGGCUAUGCUCAUGGAGUCUCACUCCAGCGCUAAGAAAGUUGUGGAAGGUGCGGCACAACAUUGCCAACUGCAGGAUCGAGAAAUGCUGGAGAGGACGCACUUUAUAAUCGCUCUUCAAAUGAAGCUUCUGACCACUAAAGAGGAAGUCGACACUCUGAGGGAGAAGCUGGAAGAGAGCAACAAAGAAAGAGAAGACCUUCGGAAUCGAUUUGCGCAGAUUUCCAAGAACUACGACAAUCAGAGGCGGGAAUCCAUUAAGCUGACGGAGAAACUGGAAAUUCAAAAAGACAACAUUCAACGCGCUGAAGAAAUUAAGGUGAAAUAUCGCCAGCUUCAGUUCACUAAUCAAAAGCUUCAAGAGGAAAAAGAAGAAGCUCUGAAGGAACUUGAAGACCUGAAGCACUGGACAGAGGCACUGAAGGCUCGUUAUGAUAUCGUGGAAGAGGAUAGAAAGCAGACGCAGGAAACUCAUGAGAGUACAGUUGCCGACUUUUCUGAGCUCCGAGACAAAGCGGACGAACUGGAACUCAGGCUAACCAUAUCCGUUCGCGAAAAAGAGGAGCUGAGAAAGCGCUGCAAAGACUAUGAACAGACAGCUAACACUUACCGAGAGCAGCGAGACUUGUUCGAGAAAACCUGGAAAGAAACUUCAUUGGAAAGGGAGCAAUUUAGGAAGGAAAGAGACGACUUAACGACACGAUUUGCAGAAGUAAUUCAGAGCCGAGAUGAAGCCAUCGACCGACAGAUGGAAUAUACUCGACAGUUUGAACAGAAGUUAAAGAAAACUACUGAAGAGCUGGAUGAAGUGAAGGAACGCCUUUACCAAACAGAAAUUGAGAUGGAAGAGUCCAGGAAAGCCAAGCUUCAAAGAAACCCAUCGGAUCUUGUUGACCAUCCCUAUAAUACUGCAAAGGUACGUGAAGCAUCUGUUUUUAUUACUUAAUCAUUGACUGAGCACUGUUGAAUAGUGUUUCCAUCUUUUGCCUCUGUGCAUCUUCAAAUGAAGUGUUGAUUGGUAUUCUCGUGUGCGUAUUUUUGUCAAAACCGUGCCAUAAUGUUUGGUAAGCCAAAUGUUUCGAACAGGUUACCUAUUUCAAUCCUUGCCGUCUAGCUAGAGAGCCGAGCGCCGUUGUUUAACAUUUCAUGAUCACCACCCAGGAAGGUCUCUCCUAAUUGGUUGCAGGAAACAAUGGCACGUCAUUUUCCCAAUUAUUUUAGUAUUGUUUGGGGUCAGGGAAACGAGCCAUUGGUGACUUCUCUUCCGAGCAGCUGCUACAUGACCCAAUAAUGGAGCCUUAAGGUGCUUCAAACAUUUGAGUCUGCGGAUGAAAUACUGUGUUGUUACCGUUAAUGUUCGGGGUUUUUUUAGCAUUUUACAAAAUGAAAUUUGGAAAUUUUUUCGCCUCUUAAGUUUUACUUUCAAGGAGAUACUAACUGACAUUGGUACGGAUCGACAACAUUCACUGAAUUUUAUACGGAUUCUUAACUCUACAGUCUCAUGAAAACAUUGAAAAUUUCCGUGUUGAAAGAGUGACAGGUUUGGGUACCCACCUCGCUUUGACCCGGCCGCUGUCGGCAACCGGAUCGAUCAGCAGAUGUCUCUUUAUUGACUUUCCUUAAUCGGAAUCGUCAUUGGAACAAACCUUAUCAACCACUAGCAAAAACAAACCUUAUGUCAGAAUGCCUGAUUUCUUCGAUUCGUAUGGGAAUGUUUUUUAGUAUUGGUGCGCAGGGUUUUCCUGUUCAGCGAACUAAGACAUGCAUAUAUUUAGACAGAAUCAAGAAUUUCCUUAAUGGGCGAAUGUUUCUUAACUUUAAAUUUCUUCAUUUUACAUAUCUGUUAGUGAUUUGUUGACUUGACUGUUGGAAUUUUCUCCCUGAUCUUUCUUUGUGGGAGAAAGAGGGACCUGCUUGGAUCCUGGCUCAGUUAACAGUCCCUGUUUUUUUUUUUUGACAGAAACAUGGCAAAAAUCUACACUUAGACUCCGAGAAAGCGCUGGAAGCAAAACUAGAUGGGAGCGUGGAAGAUGACGAUGUAGACAGUAUACACAGCAGUGAGGAUUCCUUUGAUUGGAGGACACGGCGAACAACCACUGAUAUUAUAGACAGCGUCAAAAAACGUGUCGCUACGAGCAACUCUCAGGCGAGUAGAGCGGGAGGAGAUUCUGUUGAGGAGGCUUCGUCCCCACCUGCUCAGAAUGAAAAAGGUUUGUCAUUGGAUGAACAGCUGGAUUCGAUGAUUCCAGAGAGGAGGAGUCUUUCGCCGGCAGCCCAAAAGUCCUUCAGUCUUAAUCGCAACAGGAGUCUAUUUAAAAGCUGUCCGACUUAUAAUACACUGGAGUGUAUGUUUGGUGCUUCUGUGUGCAACACAACUCCUUUUUACACGGACAGCAGCAGUUCUCUUUAUGCCUCCUUUCGCUCCACCCAGAGUGACAAAACUGGGCAGCAGCGAAGACAGUCUGAUCAUUCAGCAAAAUCCCUCAGCGUGGAAUCUGGAGUGCAUGAGCUUAUGGUCAACGACGUUUCUAAAGCCAAAGGAAAGCCAAAGUCUCCCAAAAGGGGUCGAAAAAAGCAAGAUAAAAGUCCAUCACGACCUCGUUACUUCAAAAGUGUCUCUUCUCCUUCGAAAAUCAUAGACUUUGUGCAGCGAAAAAAGUCAUCGGGGAGCUCGGUAAGUUCUUAUGAAGAAAAUUCAGUUCGUUCAUCAGCAGCGCAGUCAGACAGAUGCCGCGAGGAGACCAGUUCUUCAAGCGACGAAAGCGGUUUAGCGAAACGCCAUCCAAGCUUUAAAGAGGCCUCGAGCAACCCGUCAUACAAUAAGAUUUCAAAAAGUCAAUGUACAUCAAUUACUUUGUCUCUCGAUGGAGUGCAAAAUGGAGGCGAAAGAGUGCUAACACCGGACGAAGAGGAAGUAGCUCAUGCGCUAAUGUCGCCAACUCUCAAUAGGCCUUUCAGAGAAAGAUCCAGUGCUUUGAGCGCAGAUGAACGACCUCGUAGCUCCUCAGCACCAAACUGCCAGCAUUUUGAUUUCCAGCAGACCGACAUCAAAACAUCUACUUCUGAUUAACUGGAUAAAAUCUCAAAUAGUAGAACUGUCUUGUGAGGGUGUAUGUAUGGUGGGGGUGGACUGGGGGACAGGAACCCAGGAGAAUAGGGGCGAGAGGUGUACUGGAGUGGGGAGAGGAAAAAGCCGGAAGGGGAGUCCUCAAAGGGUGGUAGGAGGGAGAAAAGGGGGGAAAUGUUUGAGUUUGUUGUUGGUUCUCUCCCUUGCUCCGAGAGGUUUUUCUCCGGGUACUCCGGUUUUCCCCUCUCCUUAAAAACCAACAUUUCCAAAUUCCAAUUCGAUGUGGAACGCACGGACACGUUUCAACGAGUUCUUAUGAACUCCCUAAGUGCUCCGUGGGUAAACAAAGUACAAUUUUAAUUUACAAUUACGCCACAAUACUUAAUUUUUCGCAAUCGAAAAAUAUAAUAUUCUUUAGGUAUGGGUCUCUCGAUUCUACGGCAUAUAAUUUUCCAAGUCAUUGAAAGGGCGUUUGGAGGGGUGAUAAUUUGAAUUUGGCCAAUUGUAACAAAAGUUACAUCCUCACUCUACAGGUAGUUUAGCGUUACCUGCUAGUCUCUUCGUCAUCAUUCAUAAUUCAUUAUAUUUUAUACACAACAAAAAUUCCAGUAGUUACACUAAACGAAAGGUACAAAUAUCACAACUUGGCCACGAUACAGUUAUUUAAAAAAAAAUUGACGAAAUCUUGAGAGAAAGUUUUUAUGCACUCACAUAAAUAUACAGUAACAUUAGACCCGUUAAUUAACAGAGUUUUCCUGUAAGUCGAAUUCUGAACAAACGAAUUUAAGAGUGGGGUUUUCGAAAUCGUACCUCAAAAAGAUCCUUGACUUGUCUUAAACUUCCAAGUCAAACUGAGUUAAGAUGACGUUUGACUUACCAGUCAUAUCCGAGAAAAAGCUUGCAGUAAUAUUUGACCAAGUUUUGAUAUUUUGUGAAGGGUUCCACCCGCUGGACUUAUCAUCCAGGCCCUGGUUGCUGAAACAUUGGAUAGCGCUAUCCACCGGAUAAAAAUCUUGGUUUGUUUUCCCUAAUACUUAUCCGCUGGAUAGUGAUUUAUCCGGUGGAUAGUGCUAUCCAACCGGGGCUAGGAAUCUAUCACUUAGCUACAAUAUAAGCUAGAACGUGUUUAAAUCGACACAUACUAAGUUAUAGUGUAAUAGUGACACAAAAUCAGAAAAAUGGGCGCAUAGUGAACAUAAGAUUUGUGUGUAUUAUUAGUGACGACCCGAAAGGAGCUUAUUAGAAAUCAUGGACAUGGUCAGGGUUAGGUGUCCUGGGCUUGUAAUUAGCCAAAUACCAGAGGUGGUAGCUGAUUGGCUAAGAAUUUCAUUCACAGUGUUUCGCUACCGCUCAUCAAGUUUAUAUUAGUCAUUCAAAUGAAAGAUGCAGAGCAUUUCUUCACUUUACUUACUGCCGUUCGGUUUAGUAGAUUUUUCAGUUCAAGGUUUAACAAUAGCUUUUGAUAUCCUUUUGAAAAUCCUGGUGUGUAUGAUCUUUAAAUUGCGUUAAAGCAACUUGGUUUUAUACUGACUCAAACUCUCCUGGCAACGUUAGGCCAUCUACAAAGUAAUCUAGCCACUCAAUUUGAAAAUGAGGCCUUAAAGUUUGUCCACUAAAAUGAAAGUUGCUGAGCAGUGCUUUUUUGUAGUAUUCUCUAUUGUGCUUUGCAGGGAGAUCCAAACUUUCAAGUCGGUAUGAAAUCUAAACGCGUGACUUUGAAUGAUACCCGCGGGGUGCGUUCGAUUCAUCGUAUUUCAGAAUAAGAACACAAAAGUUUUAUUGCAAAUCUGUUGUACCGUGAUUUUUUGGCUUUUGAGCCCGCCCUUGAACGCUACAUACAUCGGGAUAUUUUGUUUCAAGCAGCUCUCUAGGUAUCGCAAAGCAAUGAACGCCAAAUGAGUGAUUUUUAGAGUUUAUUUCUUUUAUCCUUUUUCGGAAUGCGGUCAGUCGAACACACCCUUAGCAUUUUUUUUUUCAGUAAUACUGCUAACUAUACAUUGUACAGCGUCAUUUGAACGUUUGCCUCAGUGGCCCUGAUAUUAGAUAUUAGGAGUUAAGGAGUUGGUAUAUUUACUAUAUCCAUUUUGAAAUCACUGGUGAUCCAAGCGAUCUGAUUGGCUCUCAGCAGUGUGAUUAAUUCACGAAUCACACUAUUUUUUGCACUAAAUCACGUCUGUUGUAAAUCGCGUCAUUCAUGUCCUAAAUCACGUCAUUUCUGCUCUAAAUCGCACCAUUUUCGCUCUAUAAUGCAUCAUUUCUGUGAUGUAAAAGAAUUUUUGUUUCCCCUUUUGGACAAACCUGGCACUUGAUCAAUAACAUAUUGGUGUUGUCUGAAUUCUGCGAUUUCAAAAUGGCUAUAACAAAGUGGUAAUUGAACUUCGUGUCGCGAAAUUUUGGUCUGAGAU